CAGAGCCGGACGGCGGGAGGCGGCGGAGCGUGUGAAGCGUGGUGAGACGAUGUCGAGCAGGAGGAGCGUCGGUGACCCGGAGUACUUAACCAGGCGCAUCCCUCAGAACCCCCGGUACCAACACAUCAAAACCUGCCUCGAUACCGGAUGCAGUCUGACAAAAUACAUUGAGAAGCUGGAGGAAAUCAAAAGAAAUUACAGGUACAGAAAGGACGAGCUGUUCAAAAGGCUGAAAGUGACAACUUUUGCCCAAUUGGUCGUUCAGGUUGCUUCUCUGUCUGAUGAAACCUUAGAAGUGACGAAUGAGGAGAUCCACAGACUGGAAGAUGGCAAUUCUGCUGCUUCAGAUGCCGAGCUCACAGCGGGGACAAAUGGCCAAGGGAGCCCCAAUGGGACACCCCCCAGCCCUGUCCUGUUCAUAAACAGCACCGGAGGUGGAGAAUCGUAUCGGUCCACGCUGCAGAGUCUGAUCAGUGGUGUCGGUGAGUUGGACAUAGAAAAGGACACUCCUAAGAAAGCAGACACCCAGGCAAAGGAUACUCCUUAUCCUGACUGCCCCUUCCUGCUGUUGGAUGUACGAGAACGCGAUGCUUACGACCAGUGUCACAUAAUUGGAGCUUAUUCUUAUCCUAUUACAAUGCUGUCUAGAGCCAUGAAUCCAUAUACAAACAGUAUUCUGGAAUAUAAAAAUGCCCAUGGAAAGAUUAUAAUUUUGUACGACGACGACGAACGGCUCGCCAGCCAGGCUGCCACCACCAUGUGUGAGAGGGGCUUUGAGAACUUGUUCAUGUUGUCUGGAGGGCUGAAGGUGCUUGCACAGAAGGUCCCAGAAGGACUCGUCACUGGCUCGCUCCCCAUCUCCUGCCAGGUGGCAGCUCCCCCAGGGUCUGCCCAAAGAAAGGCUGUUCCCAAAGUGCCACCUGCACGUGCUGAGAGCAAAUGGAGGUACUCAGCAGAAGAUCUGCAGAAGAUUAAGUACUACCUCGAAGAGGAGCAGCUUCCUUCAGACACUGCCAGUCGCCUUAGCCGUGGCUCUUCAGGACGCGAUUCCAAAGCAACGACAGCACGGAGCAGCCCCAGCCUCCCCAGCACGGCAGGAUCCCGCGUGCUCAGCAGGAGCAGCUUCCAGAACAGGCCGUGGAAAUAAGCAGCCGUCUCUCCUUCCACUGAAUAAAUGAGAGUCCAGGUUCUGGGAACGCUGAGCAGUGCAGCCCUGUUUGUCAUUUUAGGAAUCCGCUGUGGAAAGCGGUGGUGAUGUAUGAAAUGGCAGCUUGGAUAAGGCUGGGGAGAUGGAAGGGUUGAUGUGACGUCUUGUAGGAGCAGCGUCACGUUGGCAAAGUGACCUUCAGGACAGGGGAGGGGGGAAAACUGGUAGUGAAGCCCGUGACCAAGUAGCAAUGGAUCUGUAAGACCUGCAGCUCAGACUGAGGAAUUGUGUCUGGAGCAAACGUUCCUCUGUGCCCGGCUCAAAGCUGCAGGCUCUGUGCUAACGGUGAAAGGAAACGGGUCAGAAAAUUGUGAGCAGGAACCGUGGUGUUUUGUGGCAGGGAUGGAUGUUGAGCAAAUUGCCAAAAUGGUGGAGAGGAUUCUGUCACUCUCUUGUGUUUAUUUAUUAAGUGUUUGUAAUAAAGAUGUUCUGGGAAAUAAC